GGGGCGGGGGCGGGCGCCGGGGUUCCGGGAGCUGGCCGGCAGCCGGGCCCCGCGUCCCGAAGGUCCCCGGCGGGGGGUGCCCCGACUGCACGCGGCGGGCGGGGCCGGGAGCCCGGGCUGGGCGCAGACACGCGCGCCCCGCGGCCUCCCCCGGACGCCGGCUCCUCCCGGCUCCCCGACGCCCCUCUCGUCCCGCCUCGCCCUCUCGGCGGGAUCCCGGACCCCUCCCCGCCCUCCGCCUCUGGGGCAGCGGUGGGGAAACCCAGCCUGGGUCCUCCUCCUCGCAGCGCCCCCGCCCCCGCCCCCGCCCCCCGGCCUGUCGGUCUCUCUCCUCCCUCGUUACUUCUUUUCCGCCCUUCUCUCCCCUCACAUCCUCGGGCCUCCCGGAGACCAUGAACCCUGCACUGCCAACUCUGACUCCUGCCUCUUUGCCCUGAAUCUCUAUUCUUCCUCUCAGGGCCGCAACGCCACCCCCACUUGGCCCACUGCUUUUUCACUUUCUGUUUCCCCCUUACUUUGCCCUCCAUCUUCUCACCCUUCCCCUCUGCCUUCACCCUCAGCUCCGGGGCCCGUCUCUGUGUCCCACCUCUCCCCCUCUCCUUCCCCUCCCCCCUCCCCCAGGACCUCUGGAGCCUCUCUUUCCUGUUCUCUAGCCCAGCACUUCCCACCCUUACCCCAGCGCGACCAUGGCUACCAUCCCAGACUGGAAGCUACAGCUGCUAGCCCGACGGCGGCAGGAGGAGGCGGCCCUUCGUGGCCGGGAGAAGGCUGAGCGGGAUCGUCUGUCCCAGAUGCCAGCCUGGAAGCGGGGAAUCCUGGAGCGCCGCCGGGCCAAGCUUGGUCUGUCUCCUGGAGAACUUAGCCCUGCCCCUGAGACUACAGAGGCUGGACCUCCAGACCCAGAUGAGUCGGCUGUCCUCCUAGAAGCCAUUGGGCCAGUGCACCAGAACCGAUUCAUUCGGCAGGAGCGCCAGCAGCAGCAGCAGCAGCAGCAGCAGCAGCAGCAGCAGCAGCGCAAUGAAGAGUUACUUGCAGAGAGAAGGCCUGGGCCUUUGGAGGCCCGGGAGAGGAGACCCAGUCCUGGGGAAAUUCGAGAUCAGAGCCCCAAGGGAAGAGACUCAAAAGAAGAGCGGCUCAGUCCCAGGGAGGCCAGAGAGAGGAAGUUGGGGAUAGGGGGAGCCCGAGAGUUGAGCCCCAGACCUUCAGAGGCUUGGGACUGGAGGCAGAGCCCAGGAGAGUCUGGAGACAGGAGCUCUAGACUGUCAGAGGCACGGAAAUGGAGGCUGAGCCCUGGAGAAACUCCAGAGUGGAGUCUGAGACUGGCAGAGCCUGCAGAACAAAGCCCCAGGAGAAAAGAGGUGGUGGAAAGUAGACUGAGCCCCGCAGAAUCUGACAACCAGAAGUUGGAGCUGUCAGAGUCCCAUAAAUGGAGGCCCGACUCUGGAGAGUCUCAGGAACAGAGUUUGGUACAACGGGAGGCAUCAGGGUGGAGGCCCAGCUCAGAAGAAGAAAGAAAAGACUGUUCGGAGGAAUGUAGGAGAAAAGAAGAGAGACCAAUUCCAACAGUGGCCUCAGAAGAGAUUACAAAGGUGUCAGAGACCCUGACAAGGGAGGCUCCAGACAGCAGCUCUGGAGAGGUGGAGGCAGCAGAGCAAAGGCCCGGCCCUGUGGAGGACAGUGAGAGGGGCCUGAGGCUGACAGAAGGCUGGAAAUGGACCCUGAACUCUGGAAAGGUUCGAGAACGGACACCCAGGGACACAGAGACUCAACCUCAGAAACCAGUCCCCCCAGAGGCUGCUGAGAAGUAUCGGGGGCCUCUUGGUACAGAGGCUGGAGAAGGGGAGGCUGAGAAGGAGAAGGCAGGGGCUCUGAGCAGGCCUCUGAGAACCCCGCAGAACUAUAGCUCUGUGCCCUCCCCCUUCCCACCAGAGGACGCUGGGACUAAAGGCUCUACGAGGCAGGAAGAGGAAGCGGUGGAUCUCCGGCCCCCACCAACAGCCCCUCUGUUUCCCCCACCCCCAGCCCCACCUGCUCCCCAGUCCCCUGGGGAUCCCCUCAUGAACCGUCUGUUCUAUGGGGUGAAGGCAGGGCCAGGGGUGGGGACCCCUCGCCGCAGUGGACACACCUUCACAGUCAACCCCCGGCGGUCUGUGCCCCCUGCAGCCCCCAGCACUCCUGCCACCCCAGCCACGGCUGAUGCUGCAGUUCCUGGAGUUGGGAAGAAGCGGUACCCGACUGCGGAGGAGAUCUUGGUUCUGGGGGGCUACCUCCGCCUCAGCCGCAGCUGCCUUGUCAAGGGGUCCCCCGAAAGGCACCACAAACAGCUCAAGAUCUCCUUCAGCGAGACAGCACUGGAGACCACGUACCAGUACCCCUCGGAGAGCUCGGUGCUGGAGGACUUGGGCCCGGAUCCUGAGGCUCCCGGUGCCCCCAGCCCCCCGGCGGCCCAGCCUGACGACGACGACGACGACGACGACGACGACGACGACGAGGAGCUGCUGCUGCUGCAGCGGGAGCUCCGGGGCGGCCUGCGCACCAAGGCCCUGAUCGUGGAUGAGUCCUGCCGGAGGUGACCCUCCUUCAACAGAGGGUCUAUACCCCUCCUUCAACAGAGGGUCUAUACCCCUCAUUCUUUUCCAGAAUUGAAGAUCCUGGAGCCCAGAAGAUUGAGAACAGAGAGACCCUGAAAAUGAUCUUGGCAGUGAGGGGCAACCAACAUCUUCCAACCUUCUUUCCUCAUCCUGUUUAUGGGAGCAGAGCUACUCACCCAGUUUCCACCCUCACCAAAGAUCCCUGGUGUGAGUGUGUCAGACAUGCUGGUGGCAUCCUAGGUGAAUUAAGAAUGAGCAUCACAUCCUGGGGAGGAUCACAGGGCUCACUGGGGCUGGGGUGUAGCACCUCCUCCAUCUCCACACUCUCCCUUCAGCCUUCCUUGACUCCCCACCACCCCGUGGGGGCUCUGAGGAUUUAAGCACUCAUCCUGGACAGCCUGCCCCAUUCCAUUUACAGGCCCCUCUCCUUCCUAUUCGUUAGGGCAUUGCCCCCUUGCUUAUACCUCCUGCCUCCUCCCCUGACCACCAGCCUGGUUUACAAAUCCCAUUAGCUCCCAGCCCCACCUGCCGAAGUCCCAGGUUUACAAGCACACCUAACUGUUGAGUCCAUAUGGAACACCCCCGCCCUUUGUCUCUUUGGGGGUGUGGCUUCCUCCACUUUUGCUCAGUAUUACUGUACCUCAGUUGUCCUCAAGAAGGAGAGCUGGGGAUUUUAACCCUGUACCCCCACCUCAUUAUUUAAUUCUGUUCCUUCCAGUGGUUCACAAUUUAAUUGAAUUGCAAGUGAGUGUGGGGUGACUAACAAGGCACCUCAACCCUUCUCCCCCAUUUCUCCUUCCUUAUCAACUGCCUGUUUGUUUUUUAAGUUUUCCAUAAUAAAACGGAGAUCUCUCCAA